UAUUUAAAAAAAAUCUCACAUACAGAAGACAACAAAAUAUAUUGACUCACUAUAACAAUAUACUUUAUUUCUAAUCGGGAAAAAGAUGAACGGAAUGGUUGAAUUUCAUGGGCUAGUGGUAGAUGGCGGUGAUGAGAAGAACGGAAUGGUUGGCAUUGUUGUUGGGAUGGUUGGGAUCGAAGGAAUUGUCGACGGAAUGGUUGGGAGAGUGGGCAGUGAAGAGGCUGGCAAUGGAGGCAGUGAGACCUUUGGAACUGUGGGCAUAGUCGGCAAUGUUGGUAGCGCGUUGCUUGGCAACGGCGGUAAUGUGGUCUUAGGCAGUGUUGGCAUGGUUGGCAACGGUGGCAAUGUGGCUUUAGGCAGUGUUGGCAUGGCUGGCAAUGGAGGCAACGUGGCUUUAGGCAGAGGCAGUAUGGUAGGCAGUGCUGGUGCUGCAGGCAGGGGAGAGAACUUUCAUGGGCUGGUGGUAGAUGGUGGUGGUGAGAAGAAUGGAAUGGUUGGCAUUGUUGUUGGGAUGGUUGGGAUCGAAGGAAUUGUGGUCGGAAUGGUUGGGAGAGUGGGCAGUGAAGUGGCUGGCAAUGGAGGCAGUGACACCUUUGGAACUGUGGGCAUGGUUGGCAACGUUGGUAGCCCGUUGCUUGGCAAUGGCGGUAACGUGGGCUUAGGCAGUGUUGGCAUGGUUGGUAGCGGAGUGCUUGGUAACGGUGGCAAUGUGGCUUUAGGCAGUGUUGGCAUGGCGGGCAAUGGAGGCAACGUAGCUUUAGGCAGAGGCGGUAUUGUAGGCAGUGUUGGUGCUGCAGGGGGAGAGGCUUGCAAUAGAUGGCGCGCUGCCGAGCUCAUGUGGAUGCUCGAAAGGGACAACGCCAUGAUCAAAGAUAGAACAAAAAACUGCUUAGAAGCAGCCAUUUUUUGGUGGUAG